UAUUGGGAAGUUCCUAAUGAAGUUGGACUUAUUGCAUCAUUUUUGAACCCUCGAAUAAAGAAUAUGAAUUUUAUUGAUGAUGAGGAUAUAAAGAUAAUCACAAUUAAUACAGUGCGAAGACUCUGUUUUGAGGAAGAACAUCACCAAUCUUUGAUUGAAAAAAUUCUAAGAGAUGAUGAAUUUGCUAGAUCUAAUGAUUUAAUGUUAGAUUUAUAUAGUAAUGAAGAAUUAAGUGAUAAUGCAAACAAAUUUCCUAUGCUAUCAAACCUGGCUCAGAAAUAUCUAUCAGCUCCAGCUACGUCAGUCCCUUCUGAGCGUUUGUUUUCAGAUACUGGAUUGUAUAUUACAGCAUUGCGUAAUAGGCUUCACCCUGACAUAGUUGAACGAAUAAUGUUUCUUAAGCGCAAUAAGCAGCACUUCCCUAUUUUUAGGCCAAAUGAAUUCUAA